AUGGACAGAGCAACAUUUGCCUGUUCCACUGCCUUCUUUCGUGACUACAGCAGCUCGUCUCAGGGUGCGUUAUGCCUCCCCGGAGGACACGUUGACUUCAUUGAAAAAGUAGAAUCAUUCACUUACUCAGAUUUUUUCAGGGAUUAUUUGAUUCCCAACCAUCCCUGUAUUUUCUCAGCAAAAUUCACUGAAGAUUGGGGCAGCAGGAGAAAUUGGGUUACUUGGGAUGGCAAGCCAAACUUUGAUCAUCUGCUUCAGAAGUUUGGAGAAGCUGUAGUUCCUGUUGCCAACUGUGAUGUCAAGGAGUACAAUUCCAACCCAAAGGAGCAGCUGCCCUUCAAGGAGUACAUCAAGUACUGGAAAGAGUACAUCAGGAAUGGCUACCGCUCCUCCCGAGGCUGUCUCUACCUAAAGGACUGGCACCUGAGCAGAGCUUUCCCUGCUCAAGAUGUUUAUACCACCCCUGUGUAUUUCUCCUCUGACUGGCUGAAUGAAUACUGGGAUGCUGUGGCUGUGGAUGAUUACCGGUUUGUCUACAUGGGACCUAAAGGCUCAUGGACUCCCUUCCAUGCUGAUGUCUUCCGUUCCUAUAGCUGGUCAGCCAACAUCUGUGGGAGAAAGAAAUGGCUGCUGUACCCUGCAGGGCAGGAGGAGUUCCUGAAGGACCACCUUGGCAACUUGCCCUUCGAUGUGACUGCGCCAAGUCUGCAGGACAAGAGCGUUUACCCUCGCUACAACCAAAGUCAGCCCCCCGUUGAGAUUGUGCAGGAAGCAGGGGAGAUAGUCUUCAUCCCCAGUGGAUGGCAUCAUCAGGUUUACAAUCUGGAGGACACCAUUUCCAUCAACCACAACUGGGUGAAUGGCUGCAAUGUGGCUAUCAUGUGGUGCUUCCUGCAGGAUGAAUUAGCAGCUGUCCAGAGGGAAAUUAAUGAGUGGAAGGACCCUGUGGAGGAUUUGCACCUACAAUGCCAGUUGAUCAUGAAGUCUUGCACCGGUAUAGACUACAAAGAAUUCUACAACUUCCUCAAAGUUAUUGCAGAGAACAGGAUUUCUGUCUUGGAAAAGGGCCUGGAUGAUGAAGCUUCAGCAAAGAACACCCCAAAAGCUGCUAUUUCCACUUUGGGCAUGCUCCACGCUGUGUUUGAUUUGAAGAGGACUGUGAAGGUGUUGACAUCAUUGAGUGCUAAUGAAGACUUCAAGAAGCUGGACCUGACAUCACUCUCUCCACCUCCGGAGGCAUUGCUCCACCACUUGAAAGCAGCAAUAGAUACAGCUCUGCUCUAACUUCCUAUUUGCCAGCUCUUUGUAAAAUGAACCUUUUGCAGCGUGGGUGGUUGUAGAAGUUCGUAGACUCCUCCCUGUUUAAGAGCUG